ACUUUGAUCUUAUUUCGAUCGUAUUAUCCGGGGACUUCACCCGGGAGCUGAAUUAACCGGGAGUUCUUGAACGCAACGUUAAAUUUGUCGAUUGGCUGCGCAGCUAGCUAAGCUAACUAGCUAACUAGCUAAAUGACGACAAACCCAACUUGUCGCUGCCGGGUCUUACGGGGGUAAAACGUUGGAAGGUUUCCGACCGCGUCGCGGUUGUUGUCAGCUGCUCGAGUCGUCGGUCCUACGUGGUUUUACAAUGGUCGUGGACGACGUCCAGUUCAUGAAUGUCCUCAAGGGAAAGCGCGUCAAACUGACCCUCAGGACCUCCUCCUACCUCGGCGUCGUCCAACGUAUAAAUCCCAACAAAACGCUGGUCAUGGCCGACGUUGUUAUUGUCAGCAAUGGCUCGAAAAUACCUGGCUCGAAAAUAUUCUUUGGGCACGAGAUUGUCAAUGUGGAGUUUCCCCAUGAAGCAAGCAGGGACAGUGGAAAUGUUCCAGACCACAGACCCGACCACUUGAAUGUGGAAAAGUUUCAGCCAUACAGGAAGAUGAUGACAAUGGACCACGAUGAGGAGGAGGAGGAGUACAUCAACUUUGUAGUCAUCGAUGAGUUCCAUGACAAGUUUGGGCCCGCUGUGAUGCACAUCAAUAAGCAGCAUGUGAUCGGUGUAGGAGCUGAUGGAGUCGAGGCGUUUAAGAAUGGGAGACUAUGUUGGGUGCAGAUCGCCACUAAAAACAAGGUAUACCUGUUUGAUAUCCUGUUACUCGGAGCCCAGGCCUUCAGGAACGGUCUGUCUAUGAUCCUGGAAAAUAAGCACAUAUUAAAGGUGAUGCACGACUGCAGAACCAUCGCUGGAUGUCUGAUUGCUCAGUUUGGAGUAAAGCUUACCAACGUCUUUGACACACAGGUAAAUACAUAUACACUAACCUACUCUCUUCAGAAGCACGAUGAGGAUGAUUAUGCUUUAUUCACUCGUGGUUUAUGUCUCAUUUUAAGUUUUCUUUUUCCUGAAUGUGUUAAGGUGGCAGACGUCAUGUGCUUCCACUCAGAGACUGGCGGGUUUCUACCCGACAGAGUCAGCACUCUCCAGGAGGCGGUAAAUCUACAUCUGAAGGUGCCUUCAUCCCAGCUCUUAUCGCUUCAGAUGAAGUCACAGCUCACCAAGGAGGAAAAUGAGAUGUGGCGCAAGCGGCCAUGCUCUGUAAUCCUGCUGAAGGUGAUGGCUCUGUCAGUGAUCCACCUGCAGCCCCUCAGACUGGUGCUGCUGGACACUCUGAUGACAGACUACAUGACCCUGGUGGAUUCAUACCUCAACAGCAGCCACUAUCAACCUGAUGAAUUGGGGCAUGCCAUCAUGGAGAGUGUGUUGGAGUUGCCCAAGGAGCUCAGGCAGCUGCAGCAAAUGCACCAGGAGCGUCAGGAGUGGGCAGCAAACCACUACACUCGUACAGAGCAGGGUCUGCUGGCUCGCUUCAAACACCCAACCAAGUCUCCAUUCAAGACUCCACCUGCAACCGAAGAGGUUCUGGGAUCAGGUGUGUUCGAGCUCGAUCUCCAUCACUUUCAGAAUACUAACGGUUUGCUGGCGAAUGGACGCGGCUGCAGCAUGACCGGCUGCCGGACUUAUUUCAGGUUGUGCUUGAAGAACUUCCAGACGGUGGUGUCUCCCGGACACUGUAUAUUCGGCCAGGCCGCCACGCCCGUGCUGGGCACCGACUCCUUCAGCAUCCCGCCGGACGCGCGGCUGCGUCUGCCGCUCAACUUCACCUGGCCGGGUGCAUUCUCACUCGUUAUUGAAGCCUGGUAUUCUCCUGCAGCGGACCCACCUGGAGACACCACCAACCCCGAUUUCUUGAUUAGUUCUUUUGCCAUCCAAAGACAGUUGGGAAUCGGGCAUGGGUGGUCCCAGGAUGUGCAGAGCGGGAACCAGACGGAGCUCAGGUACUCAUACCGGUUCAUCUGCAAUGAACAUUACUACGGGGACACUUGUUCCAAAAUAUGCGCUCCGAGAGACGACCGUUUCGGCCACUACACCUGCAGCCCCGACGGGCAAAUAGCCUGUCUGCCGGGAUGGAAGGGAGCAUACUGCCAAGAACCAAUCUGUCUUCAGGGCUGCAAUGAAAGGAAUGGAAACUGCACAUUACCUGGAGAGUGCAAGUGCAGGGAGGGCUGGCAGGGACUCUUUUGUGAUGUGUGUAAACUCCAUCCGUCCUGUAAACACGGUACCUGUAAAGAGUCGUGGCAGUGCACCUGCAAAGAAGGCUGGGGAGGCAUCUUCUGUGACCAAGACCUGAACUACUGCACCCAUCACAAACCCUGUGGCAACGGGGCCACAUGCAUGAACACGGGCCACGGCAGCUACACCUGCGCCUGCCUGCCAGGCUUCAGCGGGGUCAACUGUGACUCAGAGGUCAGGGAGUGUGACAGCCAGCCAUGUCACAACGGAGGCCACUGCCUGGACUCUGAGACUGGCUAUAGGUGCGUGUGCCCGCAGGGCUUUGAAGGGACACGCUGUGAAAACAAGGUGCUGACCUGUGCAGAUACACCGUGCUUCCACGGCGGCAAGUGCAAAGAGAGGGAUCACAGGAAUAGUUACACAUGCGAGUGUCCAGCAGGAUACACCGGACUCAACUGUGAGAAGAAGGUGGACAAAUGUACCUCGCUGCAAUGCACCAAUGGUGGACAUUGUGUGAUCCACGGUAACCUCCGGCUGUGCAGCUGUCGCUCUGGCUUCUCAGGACUGCGCUGCGAGAUCAACAUCAACGAGUGUGCCAGGAGCCCGUGUGCGAAUGGCUCCACCUGCAUCGACCACAUCAACGACUACACCUGCACCUGCGCCCCGGGGUACACAGGCCGCCACUGCGACAAGCCCACGGACCGCUGUGCCUCUCGGCCCUGCCUGAAUGGAGGAACCUGCACGGCGGGAGCCAAAGGCCAGACCGCCUGCAUCUGCCCUGCGCAUUACAGCGGUACCCAGUGCCAGUCUGGCGGCGUGCCCUCGGCAAACACCCCCAGCCCCAACAUAGGCUGGGAGUCCGGGGACAAGCUGAGCUUGGCAGCCAUCAGCUUGGGAGCAGGCCUGGUGGCCGUCCUGGUGCUUCUCUGCAUGGUGGUGGUGCUGGUGCGUCACGUGAAGAAGCAGAGGAACAAGGAGCAGGACUCAGAGACAAUGAACAACCUCUCCAAGGUUGACUUUCAGAAAGACAACCUCAUCUCUGCUCUCGAGCUCAAGAAUAACAAUAAAAAGAUAGACCUGGAGGUGGACUGUCCUCGGGAAAAGUUGAAUCACAAACACAUCAACCACUACCACCUGGACUAUAACACCUCCACGGGGUACAAGGACGAAAUGUCCCUUCUGGACAAAGAUGACAACUGUGAAAAGACAAGAGAAGACAAAAAGCAUUUGAGUAGAACGUACAGCGAAAGGCCGGAGUGUAGAAUAUCAACAAUAUGUUCUUCCAGAGAUUCAAUGUACCAGUCUGUCUUUGUAAUCGCAGAGGAGAAAAACGAAUGCAUCAUUGCAACGGAGGUAUAAUACAUAUGAAGAUAUUAUUCACUGUCGACGUUGGAUUCCUUUUGGACUGUUUACACGUCUUUGCAGAGACUGGGAUUUAUUUAAAUGAAAGUUGCUGCUCUUGAAAACUUGAUAACUGGAUGGAGCCGGUGUGCGCUCAAUCGAAUGCAAUAUGUACUAAAAGCCUCUAAACUUUGUGAGAAUGUAAAGACUGAUAAAAAAAAAAAAAAGACUGCAGGAAAUAAUGAGCAACUCUGACUUGUGGAUGCGCCUUUCGAUGUCUUUUUCGACACAAACCCUUUGUCCGCUCCGUCCAAGUUCAUCUGAGGGCAACGGGCCGAGAUGCUCGUGCCUGCACGUCAACGACGAAGAGGAGGACUAUCUUCAUCUCCUCUCCACCUUAUUGCAGUAAUCGGCAAUCAACGAAUCAACUUACUGCCAACAAGCCUGUGGAGGGAACCGGCCUUUUCCGUGAUUCUUUGGCCUGCAAUGUGCUAUGCAAACAAACAAACAAAUACAAAACAAAAAAAAUCUGCAUUGUGCUAAAUCAAAAAGGGACAACAACUACUGAAUGCGGUUCAUUUUUGAAGAAUAAGGUUUUUAGUUAUCAUCCUUUUUAAAUCAAAUCCUUUUCCUUUUUUUAUUAAAGAUUGUAUGCAGCCUAGAUCAGAAAGCCUUAUAUACAUGUUUGAGAAAAACACUGCGCCCCGCCUUAUCUCGAUUCCUUUGCACAGCAGCAUGGCGACGACAUGAAAGAUCAAUAGCUGCAAUAUGCUACAGCGCCAUGCAGAGAAACUCAUGACAGGGACCUUGUUUGACCUUAUGCAAGAUCACCCUUAAAUAAAGACAAAGAAAAUACAUGAUGUGACUAUCGUACCAAGGACGCCUUCAAAAGAAAUUACUGAACCAAUAAUGUUGUUUUGUAAGAUUAGUAUUUCAUUAGUAAUUUAAGAUUAUGCAGAACUGAUCUUUCUCUAUGUUUUAUAAGAUUAUUUUGUACAUACUGUAUAUUUAUAUGUCGAGAUUAGAAGUAUGAAUUGUACAUCUGUUUUUAAGUUGAAAAGCCCCAAAAAGGUGAAUUUAUUUUUAAAAGUGUUGUUGGUGUUUUAUUUUAUUAUUAUUAUUAUUAUUAUUUUUGUUAAGAAACAAAAAAGACCCCACAAUGGAUACAUACCUGGUACACUGUUUGUUUGUUGGUCUUCGAUGGUCGAGUGUACGUGUGGUCAGAUAGCGAUCCUAGUUUAAAUGUUGGAAUCACCGUGUGUGUGCGUGGAAGUGGCCUCACUGUCUGUAGAUGCAGUCGUGCUGUAUGUCCGCGACAUCUGUGUCAGUGUGAUGUGAAAUCAAUGUGCUAACAAUCAUUCAGUGGACAGUGUUGUAAUUGGCAGCAAUGUAAGGAAAUACACAAACAAAAACAAAAAAAGAUUUAUAUUUAAAAAACAAAAAACAGAAAUCUGUAUGUGAAAAUAAAGAGUCCCUGUGAUCUUUCUACUUAA